CUCCAAAUCCCAAGAAUCAAUGGGGCGUUUGGAGCAUGUGUUCAUCCUGUCUUCAGUGCUUGUGGUGGUGCACAGCCUUCUUUUCAAGGGGCUCCAGCAACAAAGGAAGGAUGUGAACCAGUAUGAAGACCAAUUUAUGGCCACAAGCCUUUUCACUUCAGGAAUUGCUACGCUAAUGCAGACCACUCUUGGGAGCAGGCUGCCCCUGAUGCAAGCUCCCUCGCUUGAGUUCCUCAUUCCUGCUCUUGUCUUGCUUUCAAGCAAUGAACCCAGACAUGACUAUAAUGGUAAGCUCCAGGGUGCUGUUUUUGUAUCUGGCAUUGUCAGACUUCUUCUGGGGCUAUCCGGCUUCUACGGUGUUAUAUCACGCUACUCCAGCCCGAUGGUAGUUGCACCAACGCUUUCCAUCAUUGGACUGUCCAUUUACAAAGAAGCAGCGCUCUUCUGCUCAGCCAGCUGGGGCAUUACUGCGGUUGUGGUCCUGUUGAUUGUCCUGCUGUCCCAGCACAUGCAUAACCUCUUUAUCCCAUCAUGCCGGAAGGCCACUUCUCAAUGCGUUAGCCAAUACCCAGUCUUCAGGAUGUUUUCAGUCCUGCUGCCACUAGUGUGUGUUUGUAUUGUUAGUGGGCUUCUAGGGGUGACUCGUAUCAUCUCUCUUGAGAACAUAGUGGAUGCUUCACUACUUCAACACAGAAACAGCUCAUUCCACCCACCUUGGCUUUGGGUUCCCUAUCCAGGUCACAAUGGACUACCCUUGCUGACUGGUCGCUCGUUAUUAACUGGCAUUGCGGCUGCUUUGUCUGCUGGCAUCAGUUCACAAAGCUGCUAUUUGAUGACUGCCAGACUGGCCAAAACUCUGCCUCCCCCUCCAUCCACCUAUAACCGAGGAUUGUGUAUAGAGGGUCUGGGAAGUACUAUUGCAGGCAUGCUGGGUAGCAUAUCUGGAACAGCAACUAGUGUUGCCAACAGCUGCAGUCAUGGAUUAACUCAGUGUUGCUCCAGAGAUGUUGUGCAGGUGUCGGCCAUCAUAUGUUUGCUGCUUGGCGUCUCUCCUAGACUGACCCACCUGCUGACUUACAUUCCCUUCUCUGUUCAUGGGGGGAUUUUAAGCAUCACUCAUGCUAUUGCUGUGGCAACUGGAAUCACCUAUUUUCAGUAUACUGACAUGGACUCUGGCCGGAACAUCUUCAGCAUUGGCUUUUCUAUGUUCAUGGCUCUGCUGGCUCCUCGAUGGUUCUCUAGUCACAAAAACUUUAUUUCUACAGGAGCAACAAGUGCGGACAUAUUCUUCCUGUCUCUGCUGACCAUGCCGGUGUUCCUGGGCGGAGUGGUGUCCUUCUUCUUAGACAACACGGUUUCAGGUUCCCCACAGGAACGGGGCCUUCACAGCUUGCUUUUGGAAGACAGAGCGAGAGGCUGCACCGAGCAGGAGUCCACAGUGUAUGACUUGCCACCUGCUGUCAGCAAGCUGCUGUUAAAUCGGCGACUUCGCGUCUUUCCCUUCUGUGCCUUCAGCACAAUGUCAGCAGAUCAGGUGGAUCAAGAAGACGCUAUCUCACCUGAAGAGAGGACAGAUUUAUUAUUAAAUGUACACAGUGAGAACGUGGAUACAUCUCGUUGUGAUGCACCUCCCAGUACUUCUGACUGUUAGAAACCCCAUGGAUCUCAUACUGGGUGUUUUGUAUGUAUAUCGCUGCUGGCCCAGUUUCUUUCCCUGUCUUCUAGGACAAACAGCUGAGCUCUGUGCUGCUUCUUUGGGCUUCUACAUUUGGGCUUAUUCAGACAGUACAGAAAUGUCACUGGACAAGCACAAGUAGCUCGUUUAUCACAGACCUGCUGCAUGCAUAUGGGGAAAUGCUUGUUUAUUAUAACCAACAGUAUUUAUUUUUCAAAUACUUUGUGAGUUUUAUGUCAUUUUUUGUUAGAGAUGUCAACAGAUUAGAAGCAUCGUUCGCAGUAUAACAUCAAAUUGGUAAAACUGGGAGAAGCCAGAAGAAGUGGUUGGAGGCUUCAUCAAUAGAGUAGGGUAUUAGCUGGCCUGAGGACCUCAUUCAUUGCAUUUUGUGAACCUGAAA